AUGACGAAGCUAUUCAUCACAGGAGCAACGGGUUACAUUGGCGGCGACGUUCUCUACGCCAUCGCUCACGCCUUCCCCGACCUCGAAAUCACGGCCCUAGUCCGCAACAGCGACAAAGGCGCCAAAGUCGCCGCCCAGUAUCCCAAAAUCCGGCUCGUAUACGGAGACCUCGACAGCACCGAUGUCAUCACCAAGGCGUCAGCCGAAGCCGAUGUCGUCGUCAACACCGCGAACGUUGAUCAUGAGGCUUCUGCACGCGCGAUCGUAGCCGGAUUGGCGCAGAAGAAGGAAGGAGAGAAAGGGUGGUUGAUUCAUACGUCUGGGACGGGAAUACUGUGUUACGCGGAUUAUGAGCGGAAGAGCUAUGGGGCGAAGAAUGAGAAGGUGUUUGACGACUGGGAUGGUAUCGGCGAGGUUCUAAACAUUCCAGACGCUGCGCUGCACCGGCCCGUCGACAAGAUCGUUCUUGCUGCCAGCCAUCAAUAUCCAGGAAAGAUAUCGACGGCUAUCAUCUGUCCUCCGACUAUUUAUGGCCCAGGGCGCGGGCCGGACAGGACCAAGAGUAUCCAAGCAAACUUGAUGGCUCGCGCCACGCUUGUCCGGAAGAAAGGGUUCCAUGUCGAAGGAGGUGAAAACAAAUGGACGCAGGUACAUAUCCAGGAUCUGAGCAAUGUCUACAUCUCCCUGCUCACAGAAGCUUUGACUGCGGGUGGAGGCAAAGCAACCUGGAACGACGAGGGGUACUACUUUGCAGAAGCCGGCGAGUUUGUGUGGGGGGACCUUGCAAAGGAGAUUGCGAAGGCUGCGAAGGACAAAGGCUACAUCGAGACCUCUGAAGUCGACGCCAUCUCCACAGAAGAAGCCGACAAGUUGGUAGAGCUAGGAAGCUAUCUCUGGGGCGUGAAUUCCAGGUGCAGAUCAAUUCGGGCGAACAAGUUGUUUGGCUGGAAGCCGACGCAGAAGAGCCUGUUCGAUCUCGUGCCUGAGAUUGUCGAUGUCGAAGCUAGGGACCUGGGCAUAACCAAGGGACACGCUGCUAAGGCUGCUGGUGCUGUGUGA